CAGCUUUUUAUCUCCACCGUGGGUGCUGCAAUCCCCGUUGCUCCAUCCUCCCUCCAUUCCUCUCAUUAUGCUCACGCUGAGUGUCACCCUUCAUCAGCGCUGCCAUCCUGAUGUUACCCUUCCUGUCCAACCCUCCCUGGAUGGUGACACCCCUCUUCCUUGUUCCCCCUUCCAUCUGCACAGAUGGAACCUCCAUCUCUUCCUGGCACUGCAGGUCCAGUGACACUAUUCUUUGGGUUUUCCUCUAAUGAAUGAAGAUGCGUUGGUUUUCCCUUCCCUGCUCCCUUCUCCCUCCACCUGCAGCAUGAAGCUUGGUGCCUGCAGUGCUGCCCUUCGGCUGCUCUUGAGGGACAGUCCCUGGAGACAUCGACAUCUCUGUAGACCUGUCUGUCUCAAACUGUUCCUCUGCACGUCCAUCUUCAGUGCUCAUUCAUCUACAGCUCAGCACCUCUGGCUGCAAGCCUGCUGUCUGGGUUUCCAGCCUGCACACACAGAUCCAGCUGUGAACAUGGGGGAGCCUUGGGGUGAGGCUCACCUGGCCGGAGGCAGUUGUCCUCAUUGGGAUGUGAUGAUUUGCACCUUGGCUGCAGGCAGACAUCCCAUCCCUUCUCUUCUUGCUUUCCCAUCAUCUCCUUGGACAUAAAAAAGCCUGUUGGGUUUUUUAAAAUUUUUUAAAUUUUUUUGUUCCCACCAGCUUGUGUUGACUGCUCUUCUUCAUCAGCCGCUCCAAUGCAGACUUUCUACUACUGAGACAGCAGCUGGUCUCACCUUGGGGAUGGUUACAAGCUCUGAGCUAUACAGGCUACAAAUGUGCUUAGAAAAGCAAACUUCAUGGAUACUGAACCACCUUGGGACACGCUAUUUGCUCAUGCUCCUGCGUGCUGCGAUCCUGCCCCUCAAACACUUCUAUGGCAUCAAGAUGCAGGUGCAGGGCUCUGAGCAUCUGAACACCAAGGAGCCUUGUGUGAUAGUUUGCAACCACCAAGCUUCCCUUGACCUCAUGGGCAUGGUGGAGGUCAUUCCUGAUCGCUGUGUGCCCAUCGCCAAGAAGGAGCUCAUGUACAUGGGCACCGUGGGGUGGGCCUGCUGGCUCAGUGGCAUCAUCUUCAUCAACCGCCACAAGAGAGAAGAUGCAAUCGAUGUCAUCUCCCAGACGGCCAGGACCAUACGGCGUGAAAAUCUCCGAGUGUGGAUUUUCCCUGAAGGCACCAGGAACCAGGACAAAUCCAUGCUGCCCUUCAAGCGCGGGGCUUUCCACUUGGCCGUGCAGGCUCAGGUUCCCAUUUUCCCCAUUGUGAUCUCCCCAUACUGGGACUUCUUCAGCUCCAAGGAUAAGAAGUUCACCUCCGGGACGUGCACCAUCAGAAUCCUCCCCAAGGUAGACACUGAGGGGCUGAGCCCAAAGGAUGUUCCUGAACUGACAGAGACUGUCCGCCGGGCCAUGGCUGAUGCCUUCGCCGAGAUGUCUGCAAAUCACUGUGGGGACCAGUGCGCAGAGCAGCCUCCGCUCUCGUGCAGCACCGGGGCCGGUGCUGGCGGGAGGACAGGCAGCCUGCAGCAGGAGGACACAGCCGGGACCAGCAAUUAGACAGGGGGACCAAGCCCCUUGGUGACACAAAGGAGGUGGCGCAGCUGGGCCAUGCUGUCCCCUCGUCCCCUGCGGAUGUGUCCACCAAACCUGCCACCACCCUGGCAGCCUGCAAGAGCAGGACGGCGCCCUGAUGCAAGGGGAAGCAGAGCAGUGCAGGACGGGGACGAGGCAGCACCCCAAAAACAGUGCAAGGUGACUCCAGAAACUUGUUGUUAUGACUGUGCAUCCCCUCCCCAGGGCAUUGCAUGUCUCCCCCAAGCCUGGCGCUGUGUCCGGCCCCGGGUCGCAAGCCCCGUCUGCCUGGAUGGCUCCUGCCUGCACACUGGGCAGGGGGGGGAGAUGUGCCAGGCAGGGCUGGGGGUUUGCUGCACCAUUUCCCCCACCCCGACUCACAGUGGG